CAUACACAAAGCGCAUCACACAUACAAAGCCAUAAAAAAAAUAAAAUAAGCAGGCUGCAUACGAAAAAUUAGAAAAUUAAGCGCUGCUUACGACGAGUUUGUGCUAAAGCAAAUAAAUAAUAUUUUCUUGUGUGUGUCGUCCAAACAACAGCAGCAAAAUAACCAAGUUUAAUAUACGCCUUGAGAACAUCAUGUCGAAAAAUAAAAAAUUGUCGCUAUCGGGCGACUCAACAGAGAAAUUUAUCUACAAGCCCAAAGAUUUGAUAUGGGCCAAAAUGAAGGGCUUCACACCAUGGCCAGGAAUGAUUGUCGAGCCGCCGCUAGAUCUGCUUGCCCAGCAGCGACGCGCCAAUACGAAAUGUGUGUUCUUUUUCGGUUCGCGUAACUUCGCUUGGAUUGAGGAGCACAACAUCAAGCCGUUUGAAGGACCGUGGAAGGAUGAGCUUGCUAAGGUUAGCAAGCCGGCUGCCUUUCGGCACGCUAUGGCCGACAUUGACAAAUAUGUGGAAAAUCCGGCCGAGAUUGAUAGUCAAAUAGAUGAAAGCUGCGGUAUGGGCAAUCAUACCACCGAAGCUGACUUUGACAAAAUUCGCGACGGCCUGGACAGCGAUGAAAAUCCCGAAACGGGCGCUGAUGGCAACAAUGGUGUUGUUCCCCAUGUGGUUGGCAGUCCCGAUGAAUCCGAUGGGUUGACUUCGAAUACUGCAGUCGAAAAUAAUGCAACUUCCCCAGUUGUGACAACUACGCCCACAGCAAAGAGCCAAGCGAAACGCACACCCAAGGCUAAGUCCAGUGCUGCUGUUGCCGUCAGCAGCAAGCAAGCUAGCAAAGCCGCUUCGGCCAAAUCAGCAGCAGCACAAAAGCGCCGCAUCUCGGCUCAACACACGCCCACCGGUGCAAGCACAGCUAAGCGUGGACGACGCGCCGCAUCUGGCGAGGCUGAUCACUAUGAGAGUCCGAAUGCGGAUUACGAUGGCGCUAGCUCGUCAUCGCUUGCGGCACGAGCCCGCAUCGACACAGACGCCUUUUUGGGUACAUUAACAAAGCGCACACCGAAUGCUAUUGCGUUGCUAGAUCGACCUGUGGUCACACGGCCUGAGACACAGGCCAUUGACAUGAACUCGCGCUCCAAUACGUUGGCAGAUCGCGAUAUUGUGCCGUCGGAUCAGACAUUUGGUUUUCUCGGCCUGGGCAUGAUGGGCUCGACCAUUGUUAAGGACUUGAUUUAUACAAAACAUAAGGUUGUGGUCUGGAACCGCACCAUUGAUAAGUGUCAGCCUUUUGUGGAUGCUGGGGCUGAGGUUAAGGACACGCCCAUGGAUGUAGUGGAGGCAGCAGACAUAAUCUUUUGCUGUGUCUCAGAUCCCAAGGGUGCCAAAGAUCUCGUAUUUGGCAACUGUGGCGUUCUGCAGUUAAAGGAUCUGCGAAAUAAGGCAUACGUAGAAAUGUCAACCAUUGAUCCAGAAACAUCCAUGGAUAUAGGAGAGGGCAUCAGGCAAUGUAAUGGUCGCUAUUUGGAGGCACAAAUUCAUGGAUCGCGACAAGAGGCCGCCGAAGGCAUGCUGAUCAUAUUGGCCGGCGGUGAUCGCACAGUCUUUGAGGAGUGCCAUUCCUGCUUCAAAACUAUAGCCAAGAACACCUUCUUCUUGGGCACAGAUGUUGGCAACGCAUGUAAAGUUAACCUCAUUUUGCAGACAAUUCUGGGCGUUAGUCUCGUCGGCCUGGCAGAGGCGUUGGCUUUGGCUGAUCGUUUUUCCAUUUCGUUAAACGAUAUCAUAGACAUAUUUGACUUAACUUCUAUGAAAUCGCCGUUGCUACUUGCCAAGGGCAAAGAAAUGGCCAAAGGCGACUUCAAUCCGCAGCAACCAUUAAGUCAUAUGCAGAGAGACUUGCGCCUAGUGCUCAACAUGGCUGAGAAUUUGGAUCAGUCAAUGCCAGUGACGAGCAUUACAAAUGAAGUGUUUAAGCAUACAAAACGCUUGGGGUACAGCGAGCACGAUUCUAGUGCUGUAUUCAGUAACUUCUAUCCAAAUCAAAGUCUAAAGCAAGCAACCAUGCCAAUUAACAUUAUGGCGAACAUGCCAAGCAAACCGGGUCUCUUGACUCGCUUGGGGAUGCCGCCGUUAAACUCGCGCCGCCAGCGCUUGGCCAGCGUUUGAGAUCAGAUAUGUGAGAGCAGAUCAAGAAAAAGAGAGGGAGUUAAGCAGAGUGUGAAGCGAUCAAGAAAAUAAUGUGAAUUGAUGGGAGGUCCAUGAAAGAGACAAGAUCAAGCUGGCAUAUAAAUAGAUAUGCUUAUAUAUUUGAAGUCAAUUGCCGAAGCAGUUGUGUUAGCGGACCGCUUUCAUACCUCCUUGUGCGCUAUAAUUUGUAAUAGUUUUGAUUUUUUUUUAACAUUUAUACUAUAAUAUUGUUUUGAAUUAUUUUGGGCCCAAUGUUGUCAGCCGACGCCGCUGUACGAGCAAUA